CGGGUUUAGCGACCUAUGUAGUGCACUGUAUUUUCAAAUACGACCCAUUUGGGAUGCGCCCAGACAAACGGUUGAAGUAGAGUUUAUAUGUUGUAUUAUUGUAUUUUCAGAAAAUAUAACAGUUUGUUGAAAUGUGAUUUAUGUUAAAAAACGUGUUAUUAAGUUGUAAAGUAUUUAUUUAGUUAUCUAACUCAAUCCGCGGGGUUUAUUUUUAACUUUGAUAGUUCAACCGGAAGUUGUCCGACUGGAAGUUUCCACAUGCGCGUGUCAGUUCAUCAGCUGUCCCCGGUUAUAAAUACUACUAAUAAAGUGUGGCGCUCAGGUGAACAUGGCGGGUCCAGAACUGCUGUUGGACUCCAGUAUCCGUGUGUGGGUCGUGCUGCCGAUCGUCUUCAUCACGUUUCUGGUUGGAGUUCUGCGCCAUUAUAUCACCAAACUCCUCCAGAGUGAGCGGAAAGUGGAGUUGGAGCAGGUGUCCGACAGCCAAGUAUUAAUGCGCAGCCGCAUACUGCGAGAGAACGGCAGGUACCUCCCCAAACAGUCGUUUGCUAUGCGUAAACACUAUUUCAACAACGCUGAGACUGGGUUCUUCAAGACGGUCAAGAGAAAAGUGGUUCCUAAAAACCCCAUGACUGAUACCAGCAUGAUGACGGACAUGAUGAAGGGGAAUCUCACCAACGUCCUGCCGAUGAUUUUAAUAGGUGGAUGGAUCAACUGGGCUUUUUCUGGAUUCGUCACUACGAAGGUUCCCUUUCCACUGACUCUGAGGUUUAAACCCAUGCUGCAGAGGGGAAUCGAACUGGUGUCCCUGGAUGCAUCCUGGGUGAGUUCUGCCUCGUGGUACUUCCUGAAUGUCUUUGGGCUGCGGAGCAUGUACUCUCUGAUACUCGGGCAGGACAACGCUGCUGAUCAGUCGAGAAUUAUGCAGGAACAGAUGACUGGAGCAGCCAUGGCCAUGCCACCAGACCCCAACAAGGCCUUCAAGAGCGAGUGGGAGGCUCUGGAGAUCGUCGAGCACAAGUGGGCUCUGGAGAACGUCGAAGAGGAACUCAUGUCCCGAGAGCUGAAUUUCCGAGGACUCUUCAGCGAUCGGAUUCGUGAUCGGAGUCACGGCACUGUGUUCUAAACGUACGCCGACCCACGGUAGUUCACGCACUGCUGUGAAGACGUCGAGAUAAUUACGUGCGUGAUGAUUUUUCUGGACAAAUCGACGUCUUUAGCAUGAAGACACGUGUAUGAAGGAGGUUUUUUUUUCUUUUCUUCGUCAAGAUUACCUGUAAAUGUGAAGCCAGGAAGUGAGACAGAAGUUAAAAUCAGGGCGCGUCACGUAUUUCUCACGUACGAUGACGUAUUUAUACCUCAAUUCUUCAUUUCAUUAUUUGAUCCUUCUCUUUUCUCCUCGAAAUAAAUGAAGCAAUCGUUUAAAGAAACGGAAUAAACGGCACACAGCGCCCUCUGGUGGUCUGGAAGUGUUUUCUGAAAGCGAGCAGGUGCAAAGACGCAGCUGAAACGUGCGGUUCAAUUAAAGUCGCACGUUUUUGGUCCAACCAAUUAAAAAGUUGAUGAUGGAAAGUUGA